AUGGCUUGGUAUAUGAGCGUGAUUCCCAUCCCUCCCGAGGUCUGGAGCCUGGUCAGCUGGACUGCCUUCUUCUUCAAACUGGUCAGCCUGGCCUUCGCGCUGCCCAUCUUCGGCCUGAUCGUGUUCGAUCUCUGCCUCUGGGUCUGGCGGCUCAACCGACCGCCGCCGCGGGAUGUCCCACAACAACACGGCACCGCGAAGUCAAAGAGCCGGGAGUCCGCAAGUCUCGCUCCAGCACCCCCUGACGGCCGGCCUUCGAACUCGACGUCGGUCUCGACCAAGGCGAGCACAGCGGCAGGCGGGAAGCGAUCUGGGUACUACUUGGAAGUAGACGGUUGA